AUGAAGAAGAGGGAAGAAAUGAGUACACUCUUUCUCUUCAACCUACUUUUAACGCUCACUGUAAGCAUAAAUGUUGCUUACGGUGGGGGGAACUCACAAGAUCAAAACCCCUUCACGCAAAAGGCUUACGUCUCACGUUAUUGGGACAGACACAUCCGCAACACCUUCCCAAAGCCAUCAUUCCUUCUUUCCAAAGCCUCUCCACUCACCGCCGCCGACACUGCCUCCUUCACCAACCUCGCCGCCACCAACACCCUCUCCACUCGCUUGCAGGAGUUUUGCUCCGUUGCGCACCUACUCUGCUUCCUAGAGGUCCUUCCAAACCUCCAGAAGCACACCAAAGACAAAAAUUUUCAAUUCUACCAAGAUGCCCAGAACUUCACCAAGUAUGGCACGAGUCGACCCAGCGGAACCGACUCCUUCAAAAACUACGCCACCACCUUCUUCAGUCGACCCAUGAACAAUUUCCGGCGGUACAGCCGCCGCUCAGCUGGCCACCUUGACCGCUUCCACAACUACGGAAACGACACCAACGACAUCUACGAAAACUUCAACACCUACGGAACUUCCCCUGCCGGCGGCACCGGCGAGUUCAAACACUACGCAACUCGAGCAAACUUCCCCGAACUGCAAUUCACUUCCUACUCCGACAGCAGUGGAGGGAGGACGCAGUCGUUCUCCAGCUACAGUGAGGACGACAACUCUGGUUGGCAGAAUUUCACCAGCUACGGCAAGAACUCCGCCGGCGCCGGAAACGAGUUUUCCAGCUAUGGGACAAACGCCAAUGUUGCCGCGUCUAGUUUCGCGAACUACGGGUCGAAAGGCACCGGUCCCAAUGACACGUUCACGAACUAUGGCGUGCUGAUGAACGUUCCUGAAGAGACUUUUCAUAGCUAUGCAGACGGAACUGUUGGUGGGUCGGAGAGUUUUUCAAACUAUAGGGUACAGGCUAACGUGGUGGGUGAUGACUGCUUCCAAUCCUAUGCUAAGAGCACCAAAGAAGGGACCCAAGUUAACUUCAAUAACUACGGAAUUUCUGCCAACCCAAGUUCCGACACUUUCCAAGGCUACGCUGAAGGAGCCGAAGGGGAUCAAAAAGUUGGAUUCACCGGCUACGGCGUUAACACCAACUCAAAGUUUAAGGAUUACGCCAAAGAAGGUGUUUCCUUCGCUUCUUACAACACCUCUUCAUCUUCUUCAACUGUCGGUGGCAGUUUGGUUGAAAGGUGGGUGGAACCGGGUAAAUUGUUUCGAGAGAGCAUGCUGAAGGAAGGAACCGUGAUAGCCAUGCCAGACAUAAGAGAUAAAAUGCCCCAAAGGUCCUUUCUGCCCCGCUCUAUUCUGGUGAAAUUGCCCUUCUCUUCUUCAAAGAUUGAGGAGCUGAAGAGAGUGUUCAAGGUGUCUGAUAACUCCUCCAUGGAGAAGAUGAUGAUGGAGUCUUUGGGUGAGUGUGAGAGAGCACCCAGCGUCGGAGAGAUCAAACGUUGUGUGGGGUCUGUCGAUGAUAUGAUUUAUUUUGCAACCUCUGUUUUGGGACAUAAUGUGGGGGUUUGGACCACUAAGAACGUAAAUGGGUUCGGUAAGAAUGUAAUGGUGGGUCGGGUCAAAGGGAUGAAUGGUGGCAAGGUAACCAAAUCCGUUUCCUGCCAUCAAAGCUUGUUCCCUUAUCUGCUUUACUACUGCCACUCUGUUCCUAAGGUUCGGGUCUACGAAGCGGAUCUCUUGGAUCCGGAAUCCAAGGCGAAGAUUAACCACGGUGUUGCUAUAUGUCACAUGGACACCACUGCAUGGAGCCCCACCCACGGUGCAUUCGCGGCUCUUGGAUCGGGUCCUGGUCGGAUUGAAGUAUGCCAUUGGAUCUUCGAGAAUGACAUGACCUGGACCGUUGCUGACUGAUUGAGGAAAGUAGUGUUGGUUCGCAACGGUGGCUAAUUUUAAAGUGAAAGCAAGAAUUUAUUUUUAUCUGAUUGUGAAAUUAGAGACAAUGCUUCUUCAAUAAAAACAGUGAGUAUACGACGAAUGGUUAGCCAGAAACGAAUAUUGGUUCUUAUUUAUGUAAUUUAUCAUGAGUAAUGUUAC